AUGAAAGAAAACGAAAGGAAAUGUUACAAGUGUGGAUGUUCUCCUGCUCAUGAUCGUAACAUCACCUUGCAUCGUUUUCCUAAGCCUGGGAGAACAAAUAGCUUACGAUGUGAACUAUGGGCAAAGUACUGUUUUCCUCAUGACUCUUGGUGGUCACCAGAAUUUCAAAACAAGCUUCAUUCUAAGCAUUUAAUGUUGUGCACUAAACAUUUUAAGAAAUCAUCAUUCAUUGAUAAUUUUGGAAAGAGGCUAGUCAAAUCUGCAGUACCUGAUGAGGAAUGUGAUAAGAUCACAUUAGCUGACCUUAAUUUGGAACAAAGGAAUGUCAUUCAACAUAUUGCGGGUCCAUCAACUACUAAACAACCACUGUCUGAAAAUAUUCAGAAGACUAUAACUGUUCCCGGAUCUGUGACUGCAGAUAGGCUGUCAGUUAUUAUAAAUGAGGUCCUACAACAUUGUUUUGAUGCUGGAAUUAAUAUUUCAGCUACAGUGUGUGAUAUAGAUGGUGUGAAUAAGAGAGCUUUAAGUAUCUUGGGAGCAUCUGUAGAACAGCCAUAUAUUCUGCUAAGUAAUCGAGAAGUGGUUACCAUUCUUGAUACUCCGCAUUUGCUCAAAUGCUUUAGAAAUAUGUUUUUAAAAUAUGACAUUAAAUGUCCAACAAAUAUAACAUCAAAUGAUCAAAUUGGAUUUGGUGUUGCUAAAUGGAGCCAUAUAAAGGAGUUUUAUGAAACAGAUAACACCAAUCCCAAUUUUGUGUUUGCACCUUGCUUAAAACAAGAACAUUUAAAUCCAAAUACGAAGCAGAAGAUGAAGGUGAAGCUAGCUGCACAAGUGUUAAGCCACUCAGUUGCUGCAGGAAUAUAUGCUAAAAUUUCACAAGGGGAACUCUCUUCAGAGGCCGUCACUACUGCUAAUGUUAUUGCAAAUAUGGACAAGCUGUUUGAUUGUGGAACCAAGAAGGGGGAAACCAUUUUCGACAAACAUGACAAAUAA